AUGAACUUGGGAAUACUACAUAGAACAACAUUCUUUAAAAUCCAGGACGCCUACUGCGUUGACGCCAUCGAGGACUACUGGGAUGACAAGAGGUCAGCCAUUAUUACCCGGCUGAAAUCAAAGGACGGUGUAGUGGCCCUUGGUGACGGUCGUAUGGAUAGUCCUGGGUUUUCAGCACAGUACUGUACAUACACAACGAUGGACAACGACAGUAAAGAGAUCAUAUCGAUUGUCAAUAUUGAUAAGAGGGAGACCCAGAAGAAUUCUGUAAUCAUGGAGAAGGAGGCUUUCAUCUGGACCUUUGAGACUCUCCACCAAGAGAUUCGCCUACAAGAGUUUUGCACUGAUGCUCAUUCACAGAUCUCGGCGCUCUUCAAUCCAACAAAAGGCAGGUUCAAGGACUCUGGUGUUCGACACACCCUUGACAUCUGGCAUGGGUCAAAGAACUUGGGUAAAAAAAUCCAUGCAGCAGGCCUUCGGAAAGGAUGUUCAAUUCUCCUUACCUGGAGUAAGGAGAUAUGCAACCAUUUCUGGUAUUGCUGUAAGACUGCACAGAACACUUAUCAGUUCGGUGAUAUGUGGACAGGUCUUCUCCACCAUGUUCAAGGAGAGCAUGAGUGGGCCCUAUGUUGCUGUGAACAUGGCCCCUUGUCCGCCGACAGGGAGAAGGGGUGGAUCCAGAGUGAUUCUGAGGUCUUUCAGUUACUGUCAGAAAUAGUGCUGGAUGAGCACUGGCUGAAGAAUGUGGAGAAGUUCCUGAGUUUCAGGUCAACCGCUGAGCUGGAAUCCUUCCAUAAUCAUAUACUGAUGUAUGCCAGCAAGCGAUUCAGCUUUAGCCCACCUGUUUACAAAGCACGCACCCUCUUAGCAGCGUUGGACUAUAACCAUCAUGUUCACAGACCGGUGAAGAGGAAGGCUGAUGGCUGAAUAGAGUACUGCAAGCUCUACAAUAAAAAGUCAAAGACUUGGAGUCUAUACACAGUGAAGGUGGAGAAGGACUACGGAUACAUGGCAGACCUGGAGAGUGCUAUCCUAGAAGCCCGGCUGACAUCAGACAAGGGUUUGCCAAAGACCAGAAAAAAAAGGCCUAAUGACCCACGGCAAUAUGGGGUUCUUGCAAGCAUCCCACCUCCCACCACCCAGGACCUGUUGCAAACCCAAUUCCACAGAGGAGUAGGGCAAGGAAUGCAGUAAGAGACCUAGAAGAGAUUGGAGGUCCCAUACCAACUAAACUGGAGCUGACUGUAGGCUGCUGGGGGCUGUUUGGAACAGUAUUACGCUGCUCACUUUUAGAUUUUUGGAUAUUUGUAAAUAUUCGAUUUAUUAGGUCUAAAUGUCCUUCGCAGUUUUGUAUUAUUUACACUUGGUUCUUAUAAAAUAUAUAAAAAAAAAAUAGGAUUUUGUAUAUAGUUUUUUAUGAUCAAUUUGUUUAUAAUUGACAUAUUUUCAAUGCAGUUGCACGAUUGUUCUGCUAAAAAGGCAUUUAGUUAUGUAGUGCUUUUAUACUUAUUUAGAAUUUGCACUUGUGCUGCAUGUAGUCAUCGAAGGCCAGGGUGUUCCUGUGUGUGUGUUAUUAUCGUAUUGUUUUAUUAUUUAAUAAAAAAGCUUUUUACCGCACCUGCCCUCAUCCUUUAUCCAGCAUUACACCUGCUGAAUGUGCAUUGUUAUCAUGAUAUGCUAUAGUUAUUUUGAUGUCUGCUGUAACCAACAAUGAAAAGAUGGGUCAUAAUAGCAGGAAAUUGAACAUGUAUUUUUUAAACACUUUUUAAUGAUGCUUAAAGUCUCCUUGUGAGGAAGCCAACAUAUUGUCCAAGUGGGUCUGGGUACUUGUCCCGUUUCCUCCAGACACAACAACUAGGGAUGACGACCCUGUG